UGUACGUGUUUAAAUUUAACGCAUCGACCGGUGUAGCGGCGAUUCAGCCGAUUCAGCAAGUACAGUGGCAUCCCGCGGCCGCCUCGCGACGUCGGAGUCGAUGAAGACCGGAGUGAAAAAGGCACGACCAACUUUCAUUUUCAACGCGGAAAAAAAUUGAAAAAUAAUGGCCGCGGGCGACGUCACUCGCCGCGCCUCUAUCACCGCGCCCUCCAUGCACCGACGGCCGUCGGCGCGAAGAGGUUCGCUUAUCAAGAACUCCCAAUCUCCCGCAGCGUCACAAGAGGUGCCAUGGGACAUUAUCGACCGUUGUGCCUUGCCGAUAGUGCUGUGUCACGCGCUCGCCGUGGUACUCUCCGCUUUACUGAACGCACUGCAUGUGAGCCAGAUCUCCGUGUUCACUUUGUUCCUGUGGUUCGCAAUCUCCGUUACCGGCUCGCUCUGGUUCUACCAUAACCUUAAGGUGACAGCAGCAGGGAAGGCAGUGCUGGUAACGGGAUGUGAUAAUGUUUUAGGAAAUGCCCUGGCCAGGAGAUUGGAUGACCUAGGAUACCACGUUUUUGCAGGCUUUCAGAGUAAAGCUGGUAACAUUGACGCAGAUAUGUUAAAAGAAGAUUGUUCAGGAAGAUUACAUACUCUUCAAUUGGAUAUUACGUCCGAAACACAGAUACUCUCGGCAUCGUUGUAUAUUGUUGAUCAUCUGCCAGAGGGCGCUCAAGGAUUGUGGGCCAUCGUCAACUGCGAGUCAUGGUGUGCACUCGGGGAACUGGAAUGGGUGCCGUUCUCGGUGGUACGAAGAGCAAUGGAUGUUAACCUUUUAGGACCAGCUCGACUAGUUCAAGUGAUGCUGCCGCUGGUUCGACGGGCGAAAGGUCGUGUUGUAUUGGCUUCGUCUAUCCUGACCCAUGUUGCGGCUCCAGUACGAGGUGUCCACGCCGCGUCGCUCGCAGCGCUCGACGCCCUUGCCGCUUGUCUACGUCGAGAACUUAAGCCACGUGGCGUCGACGUCGUGGUCGUUGCCGCUGGCGAAUAUACGACGGGCAGCGCCUGGCUCUCAGAGGAAAAACUUCUGGAACAAGCUCGCGAUAUGUGGAAGAGGCUUAGCGACGAACAAAAGGGUGCCUACGGAGAAGACUAUUUCGAACAAGCACUCCGCAGCUUAGAGAAAUAUACUAAAAGCCCUGAUGCUGACCUAACUGCGGUGACUCGCGCGUUAAGCGACGGUGUGACCCGGACCUUCCCACUCGCCCGCUACACCCCUGUGUCCCCACGCGAGAAGCUCAAGUCUUUGUUAGCCGAACAUAUGCCUCGCUCGCUGUACGAAGGCCUCUACACAGAUUAAAAAUCUUAUCUACCAUCAAACAACUUUUAUUAAAACGUAAAUUGAAUGCUCUUAAAAUACUAAAUUUUAUUAAACGACAUUGUAACCCUAGUUAUUUUAACUUUACAUAUAUGUAAAAAAUUCUAGUAAAGACCAAAUUACUGUCAUAAAUUUUAAACUAAAAUUGUAUUUUGAACAAGUUUUCCCUUAUGCUAAAUGAGGCCAGCUCGCCGUUGAAGCUUGCAUGAAUUAUGUAAGCUUUUAAGGUCGAGUAAGUUUGCUGAUCAUUUAUGCGAGCAUCUAACACUUGAACACGUAUACAGUAUCCGUUUUACGUGACGUUAUUUGUAAAUUAGGGUUUUUUAUUACAAAUAUUUAAUAUCAGUUUCCCGUAUACGUAUUCUGAAAAUUUAAUAAAUAGUAUUUGCCAUAAUUGAACCUAAGGUGAAUGGAGACUUCCGUUAAGCAUAACCUCAUUACAUGCAAUUAUUUAAAUUAUUAUUUUUAUUACAAUACUGACAAUGCUUGCGUAUUAUUUUAUAUUAACUUUUAAACUUAAAUAUGUACAUGUUUUAAUUCUUAUGUUGGUUUUGCUUAGCAGUUGAAUAUAACAAGAUUAUUCGUUUAAAGCUUGAAUGCAAACCAAUGUAAUGUAAGUAUUCAAAAAGGAACGAAUGCAGUUUUAUUUUUAUUUCAUUUCAAUCGGUGCAUUGAAUUCUGAAAAUGAAUUCUAUCAAAUAAAAGAAAUAAUCAGUAAAUUAAUUAAUUCAUGUUUUUGUACAGUAUUAAAACUCAUGGUAUUAUUUAUUUUAUAUUCUAAACAUCACUAAACUUUUAACUAAAUAUGAAUAGCAAAUUUUCACUAGCCAGUUACGAGAUUUGAGAUGUCAGACACACGUGUUCGUGAGCUAUGGUCGCUUUAGUGAUUGAUCUUGCCUUUUAUCGUGCAAAUGUUCUACAUUAAACGUUAUCUAUAUAUUUCUAAGCGUAUUGCAAUUUAUUAUUCUUGUUUCUAUUUAGAACAAUUUUUUAAAUUAUAUAUAUACUUAUUCAUAAGUAAUAGUAAUGCAUAUUGUUUAGUUUUGUUAGUUAUUUAAGGUAGACAAAUUGUUGUGUUUUAGUAGAUUUAUCUAUUCUAGCUUUUUGAAAUACAAAUCCAACGCAAUCAUGAAAAUAGCAACAAAUAUGUCGUAAUAAAUCUCUUCGCUGAACGUGAUAGAGUAUGCAUUUAGUAUCACAUCGCGCAAAUAUUUUGUAAAACGUUAACGGAUUUUCAAUGAAUAAAACAGCAAUCAAUACAUUAAUUGAAAACCAUUAAUAUUAAACAAAUUAUGACAAUGAAUAAUUUCUAGACAAUUUGAGCUUAUUCGCUACAUUUUUAGUGCAUUUACGAGAAAGAACACGAUAAAUUUACUUUGGCCUAAGUAGGUUUUUGUAAAGCAUGUUUGUUAAUAUUAAAAUAAUUGGACAAAUUAAAAAGUUUCUUUUU